GUUGUCUUCACAUUCAAUUCCUCAUCUCCAGAAAGGCAAACUGGAGUAGCCAGUUUCCUACAUAUCGUGCACUAAAUGUAUUUAAAUAUAUUAAAGCUGAAAGGGCAACAUUAAAAACGGUAAUUCUGCUAAAAAGGACGAAUUUGAACCCAGUUCGGGUUACGUGUGGUACCCCUGGAAGCAAGCUAGUAGCAAACCCACUGGCGCUAGUAGCCCUUUUUUAUUGACUUGACUGUUAGUCUGAAGCUUCUCCAAAAUGAUGAACUACUCUGACUACGACUCUGACGGAUACUCGUCUAAUGAAGAUGCAGACUACGUCCCUUCAGAGGAUAACCUGAGUGAGGAUGACCUUAAUGAGUGUGAGAAGGAAGACCCUCUGAACGAGAGUGACACUGUGCCACAUGCUGGCACCGAUAGCAAGAAGAGGAAGAAAAAGGACAUCAGUGUGAGAAAGAGAAAAAAAGGAGUCCUGAAAAUAGAUAAUGAAGAGGGGGAUGGCGAGGAAGCAGAGCAGCCUCCACAGGAAAAGGAAGAACAGCUCACCGAUGUACGGCCGAUUGCUGAGGAAAAACUGAAGAAAAAAUCUGACGACCUGUGGGCCAGCUUCCUGUCUGACGUUGGAUCCAGACCCAAAGACUCCGAACCGGCGGCUCAGUCAAGUUCCAAACAGAAGGAUGAUCCGUCGGUACUGAAGGUUGCUCCCUCGAUUAAAGACACCAAAGCUUCAGAGCCGGCUAAAGUCACCAUCACCAAAGUGUUUGACUUCGCUGGAGAGGAAGUAAGGGUGAAUAAAGUGGUAUCAGCGGACUCCAAAGAAGCUCAGAUUUAUCUGCAGAGCCAGAAGAAGGAUGAAGAAGACGAGGAGGAGACCUUAAGCUGCAACCAGCCCUCUCUGCCUGGCCCCAGUGCCAAGCGGCCAGCAGGCAUGUCCAGCAUCAUGAAUCGUCUCGGAGGAAAGAAACUGAAGAUGAGCACGCUGGAGAAGUCUAAGAUGGACUGGGACGCUUUUAAAUCGGAGGAAGGCAUCACCGAGGAGCUGGCCAUCCACAACCGGGGCAAAGAGGGGUAUGUGGAACGGAAGAGCUUCUUGGAGCGCGUCGAUCACCGGCAGUUCGAGAGAGAGAAAGCAGUGCGACAGAGCAACUUGAAACAAUGACACAGUCCCUCGGAGCAGAGCAGAUGUUCCCCUCUCUCUCUCUCUCUAAUAACAGACUUGCUCUUCCCGGGUAAAGUGAGCUCAAACCGGUGCUGUGACUCCGCUCUAUUUUAGGACGGAUAUUAUUAGGCUGAGUUUGUGGGAUGAUGGGGUGCUGAGUUCUUGUACUUGCAUCUCUGUGAGAACCAAUCAGAGCUUCAAAUCUUCACUCUGGAAGUCGUCACUCUUUCCUGUCCUACAUACACACAGUGCUGUUUUACAACUACGACUUAUUGUUGGGGUUAAAAAAUAAUUCCGGUUGAAUUUAUUUUUCUGUUUCUACUCACCACAUUAACUGCUGAGGUCUUGGGUCAAAGUGACAUCAUUAAAAAGAAAUCUGAGGUCAAGAAACAUGCUAUAAGUCUACGACUUAAGUAGGAACUGAACUUGAGGGCUGACUAAAGUGAUUGGAUUUGUGGCUACGUUUUUUUUUUGUUGUAGAUGUUCAUUUGAAACUUUACUUCUAUGCCCCUUUUCCACUUUGAAAUAACUUGUGGGCUAUAUCUGGAUUACCUGGAUCAGAGAAAACAUUACCGGUGUAAAAUCAUGUGCAACCAUUGCAGUCAGAAUGUAUCAGAUCUCAACUAGGGUAGUGUGACACAUCCUAUAGCUAAUUCAAGUUUCUCUUCAAAAAGCUGUUUCUUCCACUGCAAAGGAAAAAGUAGAUCUGUACAGCUUCUGGAAACUUUUAAAUGACAACUGCCGUGGGACUGACGGGGGUAGCCAAACUAGCACUAGUGCUUCUAAACUGGCUACCUUGUAACAACAAGUACCAUGAUCCUAGUUAGCCGGGCUAGCAAAGAGUACAUGUUGUUGCAGCAAACUGAGAUCUAAUCACAAUGAGGGCAUAAAAUGUGUUGAUACCAGGUGUGGAGGAAAAGACCUGGGACCAGAUUGUGCUAUACAGAUGCAAAUCAGAUGUUAUCACCAGGUGGAAACGGGGUCGAAAGGAUGAAUUCCAUGUUUGUUAACACAGAAGAUGAACCAUAAUGAUGGAUUGUUUUUUACUUUGCAAAAGACUCCAAGUUAGAACUGAUAAACCAGACUCCAGAUCCACACCCCAGCUGCUAACUUGACCCCUCCAUUAGCUCAUUCGCCACAGAGUUCUAGGCUCUCUAAUUGAACCAGGAAGUUAUAAUCGCAAAGUUUCCUUUGACAAAAACUAAAUAGAUUUUACAUUUUUUGACUGAUUCCUGCACCACUUUGUAGUCACCUACAGUUUGCUCCUGCCCAUCCUGCCUGUAAUCGCUAUUGUUCCUUUAGGAAUAAUAAUAAUAAUGAGUUGUGCCAGUCGGACCUCAGACCAACAUCAGAGAAGAAGUACAGCUGGACCAAGGGUUUUCCAAACAUACGUCCUUGGACUGUGCGCUUUUAGAUAUCUAAAGUGGUAAAAAACAAACAAAACGACAUUGCAUCUUCAUCUGGUCCUCAAUGUUGGCAGGAAGCUAUUACCCCAGCAGGGAAGCAGGCAAUUAGCAGAUGGACGUUGAGUUAGCAGGGUUUUACUCCCAGAUUGCCGGAUAAGCAAACUGUCUGUAGCUGACGAUACACAGUUUGGACCCAUCGCUCCACCAGCCUGCCGUGACUCCCAGAGUUGUACAUUUGAGUUGCAGUCGCUCACUUUAGGUCCGACUCCUGAAGCUGCCGACCGUUCUCCUCUUGUUGAAAUUUGAGGCCUUGCUGGAGGCUGGGAGGAUAAGAUGAAAACACAAGUAGUUUUUCUCAUUCCAUCAGCUUUCAAUUUAGUUAUACACAAACUAUCAAAGCAUCACAAAAGUUUCACAAAUAAACGCAGUCUACAGGUCAAUGCCACACGUGAAGAUUAUAAAAGAGCUGUUUUAUUUGACCUGUUUGGUGGAAUUGUGCAUAUUAUUACCUUUUGAUGAUGGUAGCUUUUCUUUUCUUUUUUUUGAUCUGUAUAUUUGGAAUGUAUGGACUCAAUAGAAGAUCAUGUGUUUGGUCUAAUUUAUGGUGUUAUUUUCAUACCUUUCAAACCAUCAUGGGACACUGAAUCUGCCUGCUCCACUGACAGUAUGACCACAUGGAUUCAUGCAUACAGGUGAAGACUUUCUGGGGACACUGUCUAGAGCACUGUAUUUCUGAUCAAUAGCACCAUGGAGGUGUGAUCAAUCAAACUGCCUGUUUUCCAUCAGAUGAGAGGGCCACAAUGACUCCUGUCCCUCAGGGGCUGAUCUGUCCUUUAGGAACACACAAGGACAGAGAGUGUUGAGAGGAGGACGUCUCGUUGUUUCUUCAUGUAAAUAUUAGAUAUUCAAUAAACACGUUUUAAGUUUGCCA